CAGCUAUGUAUUAUUUCAUGUUGUACGGAUUCUUAAUAAAAAGCAUCACCUUUUUCGCAACCGGAAAAAUGCCAUCUACGUCACGACUCCGUGGCUAGCACAAUGCAUUUCAUUGUUAGAACACUACCUACCUCUUACACCAUACCAGAUCAUCUAGCUUAGGUAGGUUUACCUUAGGUACCUAAUAUAUAAAAUACGGUCCUAUAUUUGAUUUCGCCAGACGUGUAUUAAGCAUUGCAAGUGUACUUUAUUUAUAAUAUAUCUGAUACCUACCUGUCAUCAACCUCGCGGCGAUGGCAUCAAGCUUCCUGCUUAAAUUCCUCUCCCUAACCAACUUCCGGGGCUACCCCCCGCUCCUACGCACGGCGAUCCCCAGCGUCGCGGCCGCCUUCGCGCUGCAGACGGCCGUGGCCAUCCCGUCCAUCGCCUACCAAACCGAGCGCUUCUACGACGUCUCGGGCUCGGCCACGUUCCUCACCGUCGGUCUGCUCAGCUUGUAUCUGCCUAGCCUCCGCGCCCGCGCCGCCGCCGCGCUGACGGGCGCCCCGAAACCCCCGCUUCCGAGCCUGUCGAGCUCGCUCACGAAUAGCGCCGGGGUGUACAGCUUCCAUUGGCGCCAGGCGCUGUUGAGUGCUGCGGUGGUGUUUUGGUCGAUUAGACUGGGCACAUACCUCUUCCGCCGGGUCCUGGACCAAGGCCACGACGCGCGCUUCGACACGCUGCGCUCGUCGCCCGCGAAAUUCGCCGUCGCCUGGCCGAGCCAGGCGACGUGGGUCUCGCUGUGCCUCGCGCCCGUGAUCGCGGUCAACGCGGUCCCGGCGGCCGCGCUCGCCGCCGUCCCGCUGCGGGCCACGGAUGUCCUGGGGCCGGCGCUGUUUGCCGCCGGGUUCGCGCUCGAGAUCGCGGCGGACCGGCAGAAGGGCAGGUGGCUGAGGCAGCGGAGGGCGAAGGCGCAUGACGAGGAGUUUUUGACGAGCGGGCUGUGGAGUCGAUGUCGGUACCCGAAUUACUUGGGCGAGUGCACGCUGUGGACGGGCAUAGCUACCACGGCGGCUGGCGUUCUGGUGACGCAGCCGGCUCAGGUUGGGCUUGGACUUGCGGGAGGGUUGCAUGGCAAGCUUCUGGUUUUGGCAGCAUCGUUUGCGAGCCCGGCGUUUGUAACCUUUUUGCUGUUGAAAGUGACGGGUGCACCGUUGAGUGAGGAGAAAUAUGAUUCCAAGUAUGGUCACCGCAAGGACUAUCAAGAUUGGAAGCAGAACACCCCCAAGUUCUUCCCCAAGAUAUUCUAGGUUAUCAUGUACAAGUCACAUAUUAUUGCAAGCUACAU